CACCUUGGGAUACGCUGUCAGCCGGGCACCUGACUUCCUCGACUCAGCUGGGCAGCAGGCCAUUUAGUUCGGCUAGAUGGGGGACAAGUAAACACCUCACACGGACAGGAUGGAGUGCAGACAAAAUUUGACCGCCGAAAUAUUCAGGCACAGACACUACUGACAUAUGAAGACUGUUGAGGUUCCUGCUCUGAUCGCUGGCCCUCGUGCCUCAGCCACCUCAUCUCUGCAAAUCUCUCCAAUGAAAUCUCUUUCCCGUCAACACUCACACCUGGGAUAAACAUGUCACUUGUGCAAAUGAAGGACAAGUGGAUCAAAGUAGGCCAGGAUCUAGUAAAGACUGACAAAGCUUUUCUGGAGUACCUCAGUGACGUGAACGUCACUGUUCUACAACACCUACUCAACCACAAUGCAGUGGAAGGUAAAAGGCAGAUGCAGAUGACUCAGUUACUGCAGCUGAGUGAGAAGUUUCAAGCUCUCUGGGAUUAUACAGAAGUGAAGUGCAAGCAGCUCCAGACACUCACAGGCCAGGGCAACGUUCAGAGCAGCAGGGACGUGUACAUCAUCGAGCAGAUGGAGAGCAUCCAGCAGCUCUAUACAGAAUACUUCUCAUCCUUCACAAAUUUUGUGGUAGUUGGAGGCUUUGACUAUAUUGGCAAAAAGACAAGUACAUAUUGGAAAGAGAACAAGGUGAACCUCUGGAGAUUCAUCAAUGCACAGAAAUGCGAGAGCUCGGUGUCACUGAACCUCUACAGGAUUCUGCAUGAACGUCUGCGGGAGCAGAUCAGCCAUUACACUCGCAUACUCACUCUUCUCACUGAGGAUGACCGACAGAUUGUGGGUGAUGAAGGACUGGAUGGGUCUCUAAGGGGAUUUAUGGACCUCAAAAGCUACAUCAGUCAAGUUCUUGAUGAAGCUACUCUCACCAAAGACCUGUGGAAAUCCCUGGGCCAGAAACUGACGGAUAUUUUAUGUACCCCGGAACGUCGUUUACAGGAGGACAGUAAAAAUGCUCCCAUCUCCUUAUCAGCAGGACGGUUCGGUCACGAUCGUAUUCUUCUUUGCAAUGAUGCUCUGAUCCACCUACAGGGAUCUGAUGUUCGCUACUACGAUCUGUCUACACUGUGGAUUGAACCAAUAGAUAUGGAUAUUUCAGAAAGCAAGUCUUUGAAGGUCAUCACUCCUGAGGACCAGCUGAUCUUCCACACCCUGGAACCGCAUAAUCGGGUGAUGUGGUACUGGAAGCUCAAUCAGGCUGUCCGCCAGUGUUUGGCCAAGAAGCGAGACUUUCCCCUGUGGGGAAAAGGGAACAAGGGACAACGGCCAGCUAACCCACCCAAUUGCCGAUUUACUACUUACACGUUUAAAAACGAGGGAAGACUGAAAAACGCCAUCUAUGAAGGUGACUGGAAACAAGGGAAACCACACGGCAAAGGGACACUAAAAUGGGAAGAUGAACGCAAUUAUACUGGAGAUUUCAUAAAUGGCCUUGAACACGGGUUUGGAGUAUAUUUAGUUUCCCAGGCUGAAGGAUACAACUGUUACAAAUGCCACUGGAUCGAGGGGAAAAAGCAGAGAUACGGAAUGUGUGAGUACAGCACCAACACCAUAUACAGGGGCUACUUCAAGGGGGACCUUCGGCAUGGAUUUGGAAUUUUGGAAAGCAACCGGGGGGAGAGCAGCUUGAUCCGAUAUGUGGGGCACUGGGAGAAUGACAGGAAACAUGGCUAUGGCAUCAUGGAGACUGCAGACAGCGGCGACCGCUACAUCGGCAUGUGGAAGGAUGACCAAAGGGAUGGCAGAGGUAUCAUGGUGACGCAGUCAGGACUCUGCUACGAAGGCAACUUCCAGGGGGGCAAGCUAAUAGGUAAAGGUGUCUUGCUGUCUGAGGAUAACUCACUUUAUGAAGGAGAGUUUACUGAGGACUUACAGCUACGAGGAAAGGGAAAGAUGACUUUUCCAGAUGGCAUUACAAUUGAAGGGACUUUCAGCAGCACGUUUGGGAACGGACUGCAAGCAAAUGGAGUUAUGAACACAUCUAACAAUACUGAGAUGUCCUAUGCAGCCACUCAUCUACAGCUAGGACAAGAUUUCCUUGUUCUGGGGCAAUGGCCAGGUGUCUUUACCCCCUUCAUAGAGUAUCUGCGCUCCGAUUGCACUGAGAAAAUGGAGGAGGCUUUCCUGGGAUUCCACACGGAGAGCAGCAGGUCCCUGCGAAAGGUGGGCUCUGAGGGACUGGGGGGGGACUCUCAGAGCGAUGAGCACCAUUCCUGUAGUCGCAGGGAAGCUGUGACAAACGCUGAAUUCUUAAAGGAACUGAGACUACAGCAGAGUAAAGAUCAACUUCAGCAGUAUUUGGAAAAGUCCCUACAAUCUCUCAGACACCCGUUGGGGAAACUGCUUCAAACACAAACCCUGGUCUUCCAGGCAGCCUACUCUGGCCCUGGGGCCAACAAGCAUUUGCUGGAGAUGGCCCAGAAGGAGGUCAAAUACCACGCGGAGAAGAUCCAGGAGAUCAUUAUGGAUUAUGUUCCUCAGCUUUUUAACAAAAGCUCUGAACCUGUAGAAUCAAGCGAGACUGAGAUGGACUUCUGCUCUCUGGUGCUGCCCGUCAUCUUGCCAGAGUUCUACCCUGACCUGUCCAUGCUGUACAUGUUGUAUCAUGCAGAGGACAAUGCGUGCUACAGGCAGGGCAUCCUGCACCUGAACUUGCUGUCCGAUACGAAGCUCAUGGAGUUUCUUGAUGUCCAACGACACUUAUGGCCACUGAAGGAUCUACAUCUGACUUCAAAUCAGAGGUAUUCACUUGUCCACGAUCAGUGCUUCCUCUCUGCUAUUGAAUGCGUCCAGAAGAUCAGUACAACAGCAGACCCUCAAGAGAAACUAGACAACCUUUUUCACACUGUGGAUGAAAUUGAGAGAACAGUGAACCGGAUACUAUGCAGGGAAUACAAACUGCCCUUGGAUGACCUCCUACCUCUGCUGAUCUAUGUUAUUUCUAGAGCAAGGAUUCAGCACCUGGGGUCAGAGCUGCAUUUCAUUCGUGAUAUGAUGACCCCACAAAUGCAGGGAGGAAUGGUUGACUUCCUGUUGACGGCUUUUGAGUCAUGUUACGAGCAUAUGCAGAAGGAGGAGAUACGACAGGGACGAUUUACAAACUUCACCUGAGGAUAUCCGUCCAGCACAUUUGCUUUAUACACCUCACAUAACAUCACUCUAAAAAGCACUUUAGAAACUGAAUAACAUCGAUCCUGACAUGUUUGAACUUUUUAACACCUAAAAUAAUCUAAAAGCCAUGUUUAGUGAAUUGUGCAGGACGUAAGUCAUGAACUUUAAAGGAAGAUGCACACUGCUUUACAAGGAUGUUACUGAUCAAAUUGCAUGGAUUUCUAAGACCUGAAACUUCAUUCUUUUUUUUUUUUUUGCAGAAUUACAGCUAUACACAUAAGUGGUCAUGGUUAUAAGUAUAGGGUCAAAGGUCAAAACUGCAUCAUGUGAGAUGAGUGCUUCCAAAAAUUACUGUUUACUUUUUUGUUCAGAAGUCUUUCUGUUACCUCAAGAUUAUACAGUAUAUGCAUGCAUACAGUUGUAUACAGGGCAAGUAAUGAUUUUUGAGACCCCACCCGAUUACACCAACAUCUGGUCAUACGUAAGGGAAGAGGUUGUUUUUUCCAGUGAUGUGCAUGUAUUUAUGUCAAUGUCUUAAGAAGACAUUCGAUACAAAUAUGUGAACAAGAAUUGUUCACAGUUGUUCAUUUCCAUACCAUUGUAGUAUAUUGAUAUUUUUCAUACCAUUAGAGUAAGUUAUUUAAAUAAGUUAUCAGACUCAUGGAGUUUAAUAUUAAAGUAUUUGUGGGGGGAAAGCAGAUAAUAAAUUUCAGUAGCUGACUGAAUGUCACAAACACAAAGUUUUGUGAUUCUUUUGUAAGUAAUUUGACUUCAUUUUCAAAGUUAAUAAUGGAGCUAAAACACAUCAGCUUCAUUGUGUGAAAGGGUAUCAUACUUUAAUACCAGUUGAUAUUUUUAAAAACCAGUUUUCUAAACUGAUUUUAGUCUGCUCUUUAGAUAACAUACUACAAUUGUAACGUUGGAUUGCCUGAUGAAUAGAGUGAAAAGUGACUGUCAAAAUCCCAGGCUUGUCAGCUUUUAAUGUACAAUUCAGAUGUACCUAUUCUGGACAUUUAAGCACCCUUGUUUUAAUUGUCUGAAUAUUUAAUCCAAAGGAACAAAUGAAAACUUGUAAAAUGGUGUUAAUUUAAUAUGCCAGACAUGUUUUGACUGUAAAUAAAUUGCUAAUAUUUUAA